CAGGAAGUUGAAGCUCAGGGGAGAGUGGAAGAGACAUUUCCCCCAACUUUUUUUUCUUUUUUUGGCUGAUAAAUCUAACUUCUAGCCCACAUGACUUUGUUAUGUUUGUUUCAUAAUUGUUCUGGCAAAACCUUCGUGUAUUAUCUCCGGGAAUGUCUGCGUCAAUGAGAGCCAGUUCAGCGCCAAGUUCAUCGAGGUCGGAGCCAGCGAUGGACACCAGAGUGGCAGACCUGAAUAUUCAAGUCCCAGUGGAUAGCAGAAAGACACAGCCACAUCUUGUUCACAACCAGAUCAUCCCAGAUGAACUGCUGGUCAGCCUUACAUCCACUGUCUGCAACAGGAAAACACUGGGACACACUGCACACCAUCGGCACUGCAAGGGAUGCGGAAUCAGACGGCCAGAUGCAGUCUGGCAUCACCCACUCGGACGCAAGAAAUACAAAUACUUUCUGGAGCAGCCAACAUCCCUGACAGGAGCUGGCAGGGAUAUUUCAUUCCUAUGUGAUGCUAUGGUGACCCAGAGGAAGACAACAGCCCUCCCACCUCUGACUGACAGGUGUGGCAUCGGUGACACACAGAACUUGAGUGUCUCAGAGAGUCUGAUUCCAGAAGAAUAUCACAUUGUGAAAAACAAAGGGCUGCGGAGCCUGGAGUUCUUUGAGGAUGCCUUCACAGUGCAACUGCAAGAUGAUGAGCAGAAGAUACGUGUCUUUCCUUCACUGAAGCCCAGUGGCAGACUGGAAGUUGUUCAGCUGAUGAGGAUGAUGGACGACAUGCUGGAGAAGGCUGGAGUGGAUCAGCAGAGUCAGGAGCUAACUGAGCUCUCACAGAUGGAGGGUUUGCUGGAGCUGGUGCAGACUGAGCAGAACAUCUACAACAUUGUUUUCCAUGAACUGAUCAGGCAGGUCAGUGUGGGAUGUGCCGAGAGAGGACAGCUGCUUGCCAAACUCAGCUCUUGUGUUUGUGUGUCUAGACAGCGCUACCAGUCCCUGCUUGAGCGAAUCCCCCGCCGUCUGAAGGCUCUGCACACCGAGGCAGUGGCACAGCGGGCUCUGGAUCGCCGGCUAACCGAGGAAAUCCAUCGCAUCAAGACGUCAAUCCAGCAGCUCAGCACGGAACUGUCCAGGAUCAGAGACCAUGAUUCCUUUGUUUCCCACCAGGCGGAGCGUGCUCACCAGCAGCUGGCUGAUGCCCUUGAUCAGACUCACACCAACUCAGAUGUGGUUCAAGGUUACCAUCAGCUGUAUGAGCUGCAGAGGGGUCGCCUUGAGACUCAGUUGCUCCAGAUGACUGAGGAGAGAGACUGCUGGAGCCAACGCACCUUCUGCCUUGCCCUCAAGGUUAUCAGUGUGAAGAAGCUGGAGCUGGUCAAACGGCUGCAUUUCAAUGGGCAGAGCUGGUUUAAGACAGCAGAGCACUGCAGCAUGUACCUCGCUUCAAAGGACACAGAGGACCUGAAUAUCAUCAUGGAGCUUACAGACUACUGGAGAGAACAGCUGACUGCUUUCAUGUCUCAGCUGAAGAAGACUGAACAUUCUCAGUGUGACCAGAUCAGUGCCAUCCAGCAAGGCAUCACUAAGUGGCUCGCCUUCUGCACCACACAGAACAAGUGUACUGACCCAAAAUAUGAGAAAGCUUCAGUGGAAGGGAUUCAUGCUGAUUUGAAGCAGUGGUCAGAAAUGUUGGCCCUGCAGUGUGAGCACUAUCAAGGUGAGGAGUUGCUUUGCUGCCAGCAGACAUUAGGCGAACUUGGCCAUGUUCAGGAAAGGUGGUUGGAUAUGAGCCUUCAGCUGUUCAGAAGACACUUGGGCCCUGAUGGUGAACCUCCUGGAGGCCAGCAGGUCCUAAUGGAGCUGGCCAGGGUCAUAUCUGAGCAUCAUAAACAGCUGGACUCGCAAGUCAGUGGAGAGAAUGGAAUCCACGGACUGAUCGUGUCACUGCUCGGAUUGAUGGAGUCCUGGGUCGCCAAGCUUGGAGCAGUGAUUGGCUGUCCAGAAAAGAUGCUGGUCUCUGAAUGGCUGAGGCUGGAAAAGGGACUGUACAAUUGGCAAAGUUUGGCUGAAGAAGCCUUGCAGAAGAUCUCCAUUGUGCAGACAGUGAAUGAAAAGGACAAACACAAGCUCAACCUUUAUACAGAGACAGGAAAGAUGUUAGACAAAGUGCAGGAGUUCAUAACCAGCCUGUCCAACUUCACUGACUGUGAGAACCAGAGACUAAUGGAGGAGGUCAAUUCCAUUCAAAUGGCUCAGACUCGCUGGAUGUUGGAUCUGUUGCUCCUUAUGGUGUCUGACCAUAGUGAGGACCAGAGCCAAGAACAGGAUCACCAAUACAUUACAAACAUCUCACUACAGAAACUGGAUGAGGAUGCCAAGGUGCUGGCUGAGAAACUUGGCUUUUUUUCCAAAUACAUCACCAGCUCAUGCCAGCUGAUUGUGGAGGAGCAGAUUUUACAGAACCCACAUCAAAUUGAAGGUGAAAAUGAGAUGGAGGAGUGCAGAAAGCUACAGAGGGACUGCACUGAUUGGGUGGAGACCAGUUUAAUCCUGCUCUCAGGAGUGGAAGGUGGCUCUGUGGAGCUGUGUGUCAGACAGGCUGACCCCACUUCCAGCAGUGAUGUGCCUGUCUCUCCAACAGACAGUCUGGAGUCUCUGGUGAACAAAGAGGUUUCAGCUGAGCCUGUAGCAGACAAUGAGGCCAAAGAGGUCAAAGAUGAGAUUGAAGCAGAACCGAAGGAGAGCACUAUUGGAGAAGAAGAACAAAAAGAGAUUUGUCAGGGGGAGCUAACGGUUUGCGAGAGCCCAGUGGUGAAUCUGAUUGACUAUGAUGGGAACAUCACGCAAAGAAAGCUGGGAGAGAGCAGUGUUCGCCUGAAUGGGACUGAGGAGUUGGUUGUGUCUCCAGCAACAGAUGAAGCCCAGAAAGCUUUUAGUGAUCUGACCACAGUAGGAUUACUGCAGCAGGAACUGCAUGAGUCAGAGCUGCAGGUCCAGAGUGCUGAGCAGCGAGCUCUGAAGGCUGAGGAGGCCCUCCAGGCAGCACUGGAGAAGAUUAAAGACCUGGAGAAACAACUGCACGAUCAGUCCAGCCUGGAGCCCAAAAGUAGUGAAGAGAAAAAGAAAACACCACCACCUUCCCCACCACCAGUAACAGACCCGGCUCCUCCAAAGAAAACCACCUCUGAAGCCAAAUCGUCAAGCAGCACCAAAAAGACCAAGAAACGCUGAUCUUACAACAGCCGUUGUUACAACUUUGUAUUUAAUGUUGGGAGAACUGCUUUUAGAGUAACUUUUAGGGUUUUAUGUUUCUUGUGUGUUCUCUGUUGUAACAAAGGUCAGAGAGAAACUCCUCGCAUGCACUCAAUCACAGUCACACUCAUAACACCAGAAAAAAAUCACCAGUAUAAUGACUUUUUGUGCACAUGUACUGUGUUCAAAGUAGCAUAGCACACAGGAGUAAAAAAAAAAUCAUUAACCAGUGCUGACAUCUAAGUAUUAAAUAGUAUCAGGAGGUUGUCCCUGUUCAGAGUGCUUGACUGUUUUAUCUUGUGUGUAUUUUGUAUUUGAGUGUAAAAGCAAACCGCUUCUUGUUUCCUUCCAAAAAUUAAAAUAUCUGUAGACACUACAUUUUAAAA